UCUCUCUCUCUCUCUCUCUCUCUCCCCCUCUGCUUCCUUCCCCUUUCUCCUUUGCGGCUUCCCGUGUUGUGUUUCUGUUCUCACUCUCUGCCUGUCUGUCUGUUCACUUCACACCGUCUCUCUCUCUCUCUCUCUCUCUUAAAUAUUUGCCCUUGCCUCCAACUCCUCACUUGCUCCUCUCUCUGCCUUUAAGCCAAGCCCUGUUUCAUUAUCCCCUGCUCUGUUCUGAAGCGAUGCGGCCGGGCUUCUCGCUGUUCGCCGCCGCGGUCCUCGCCCUCCUCCUGGCCACCGUGAGGGCCGAAAGCCCGUACCGGUUCUUCACCUGGAACGUCACCUACGGCGACAUCUACCCCCUCGGAGUCCGCCAGCAGGGCAUACUAAUCAAUGGCCAAUUCCCGGGGCCGGACAUUCACUCCGUCACCAAUGACAACAUCAUCGUCAAUGUCUUCAACAGCUUGAACGAACCAUUCCUGCUCUCCUGGAACGGUAUCCAACAGAGGAGAAACUCCUACGAGGAUGGUGUCUUCGGGACGACCUGCCCGAUUCCUCCCGGGAAGAACUUCACUUACAUUCUCCAGGUCAAGGAUCAGAUCGGGAGCUUCUACUACUACCCAUCCCUCGCGUUCCACAAGGCUGCUGGUGGGUUCGGAGGGUUUAGGAUCCUUAGCCGACCCUUGAUCCCAGUCCCCUUCCCCGAACCUGCUGGAGAUUACACUGUUCUGAUCGGCGACUGGUACAAGGCUAAUCACACGAAUCUGAGGGCCGUUCUCGAUGGAGGGAAAACGCUGCCAUUCCCUGACGGAAUCCUCAUCAAUGGCCGUGGAAGUGGUGCCACGUUCAAUGUUCAGCAAGGAAAGACAUACAGACUCAGGAUAUCGAAUGUGGGACUGAUGAAUUCCCUCAACUUCCGGAUCCAAGGCCACAAGAUGGUUCUCGUUGAGGUCGAGGGGACGCACACGCUCCAGAACACCUACUCCUCCCUUGAUGUUCACGUGGGCCAGUCCUACUCCGUGCUAGUGACUGCCGAUCAGCCUCCUCAGGACUACUAUGUCGUGGUCUCCAGCCGCUUCACCUCUCAGGUCCUUACCACCACCGGCAUUCUCCGGUACAGCAACUCUGGAAAGCCAGUUUCCGGUCCCAUUCCUGGUGGCCCCACUAUCCAGGUUGAUUGGUCCUUGAACCAGGCUCGAUCUAUCAGGACCAAUCUCACAGCUAGUGGGCCGAGGCCGAACCCACAGGGCUCAUACCAUUACGGCAUGAUCAACACGACAAGGACCAUUAGACUCGCAAACUCUGCUGGGAUUGUCAACGGAAAGCAGAGAUAUGCAGUCAAUAGUGUCUCUUUCAUUGCCCCAGAUACUCCCAUGAAGGUGGCUGACUACUUCAAGAUACCGGGAGUCUUCCGGGUCGGGAGCAUUCAGGACAACCCGACCGGUGGAGGGAUAUACCUAGACACAUCUGUCAUGGGAGUGGACUACAGAACCUUCAUCGAGAUUGUUUUUGAGAAUAACGAGGAUAUAUUACAGAGUUGGCAUCUUAAUGGAUACUCUUUCUUCGUUGUCGGUAUGGACGGAGGGCAAUGGUCACCGGCAAGUCGGAAUGAGUACAACCUCCGUGAUGCUGUUUCCCGCUGCACUACUCAGGUUUACCCGAAGUCAUGGACGGCUAUUUACAUUCCCCUGGACAAUGUCGGAAUGUGGAACCUGAGGUCUGAGUUCUGGGCACGACAGUACCUCGGCCAGCAGUUCUACUUGCGGGUAUACACCACUUCGACUUCAUUGAGAGACGAAUACCCCAUCCCGAAGAACGCACUUCUCUGUGGCAGGGCUAGUGGACGACACACACGACCCCUGUAAAGGCCCUCGAGGGACCAUGACAGAUCAAAAGUUGCGGGAAAGCAUCGGUUUCUGCUGAAAGCGGGUAAAAAGUGAAGAGUUUAGAGGUUUCGUUCUCGCUAUGAGUUUCAUCAUUCUUGGAGGGUAUCUAGCAGUCGGAAAUAGGUCGAUUACAGAUGUCUGAAAAUGACCUCAGCUCGAGGUCGCAUUCUUUUCUGUGAAGGAUUAUAUUCGCUUGAUUAUUUAUGGCAAUGAGUCUAGCAACAUCAAUUAAAUUUCAUUCCAUAUGAUUUUAUGCUAAGAGCGCCGAAUGAAUCAAAUUUCUUUGUAAUAUUAUCUCA